AUGAAUGAUGCUGCAAGAACCUCAGUUCUGUCCACCCGGUGGAGAUACCUUUUUGUUCGGCUUCCUGAUGUUGAUCUUACUUUCUCUGGAGCAUAUAUGUGUAAUUUCAUGGAUAAGGUCCUACAUUGUGCUGUCAUGCCAGAAAUAAGCGUGACAUGUUGCUCUUGGCGCUUGGCUGGGUGUCCUUAUGUUAUUGAGUCAAAGAAUCUUGAGUAUUUGGAAUAUCGUGCCCGGCAAACGCAACAAAUUAGUCUAGAUGCCCCAAAUGUUAAGUAUUUGAUCUACAGUAGUCUUGACAGUAUAAACUUGAUUCAAAACUUGAAGUCUCUUGUUGAAGCCAAAAUCAGAGUUCACUGCUCCAGUUAUCCAACUGAAAGAGGCUUCUCAUUGAAUGAUUUGCAUGCUUUUGUUAAUGGACUGGAAAGUGUGAAGUCACUCUAUCUAUAUCAUUCUAGUCUGCAGGCUCUCUACCUUUGUCGUGAGUUGCUGCCGACUUUCAAAAAUUUGACUGAUCUGUCUCUUGAUCCUUCCAAUGAUUUGUUUCUUACGAAUUAUGAUCAUACCUGUUUAUGGAAAGUGUUACCUAGCUUACUGAAAAACGCCCCUAAUCUUGAAGUUCUGAUCUUUGAUCAAGUGUUUAGGAACAGCUUUAGUGCAUCUGAGAAAUUUGAGUGUGUUCUGCCAGAGGCUAUUCCAAUAUGCUCCGUUCACCAUCUUAAGGAGAUGGAAAUCAAAAAAUUCGACGGCGAGGAACAUGAAUUCGAGCUAGUACGGUACUUUUUGAAGAACGGGAUUUCUUUGACAAAGAUGACUCUUUGCGGAGUUGUGAAACCUUCAUCAGAAUGCUGCAGAAGGAUACUGUCAUUCUGGAAAUGCUCUGAGGAUUGCCAAAUUUUGUUCAAAGAACUCGAUUCAAACAGGAUUUGACGAUUGCCAAUAUGAUAGGGUGAUCAUCUCUUGUUAGUUUUGCAUCUAAAUGUCUAAUCAUAUGUUUUGACGCCAUUGUUGAAGCUAUUGGGAUGAAUUGAUUCUUUCUGAAGUUGAUAAUUCAAUUGCAGAAUUUGAAUUUUUUUCUAGUGUACAGGAGAAAGAUAUUUGCACCAA